AUGACCCGGAGUGCCUUUACUGUAGCCAUACUGGUACUGGUCGUCGCCCCAGCAGGACGGAGAGCGGCCCAAGGUAUUGCAAAAACACGGGUCCUACACAGGACCAAGGGCCCACUUGAACCUCCAGGGUCCCGUAUAUUUCCGCGGCAGGCCCAGCACGAAGAAGCAGCCCCUUAUGUUGGUGACUCAUAUCUUUCUCUUCGGGAUAAACUGUUAUAUUCCGUGAACAAUGGCGAGUCAACUGAGGAACAGCAAGGGUACACCUACAACAGCUACUACGCUCCUUCUAGGGUGAACUUCCACGAUAUCUACAGCAACAGACUGUCGAUGCUCGCCGAGGAUCCCAUGACCACAACCGCUAGGGACGACGAAACAUUUCACUUACAAAACAUACCUACGAAAUACGUGGAGUUCCAUCCGAAAACGCAAACAGUCCCCCCUAUAACGUCACCAUCGCCCAUGUUUCUGCUGAAUUCUUCGUUUAUUAAAAAUCAGACUGAACCUCAGCAUAUUUCCAAAAUUUCAAGUACUACUUCUACAACUACUGAGGAACCUGAAGAAGCGAGUGUUAAAGUUAUUCCAAUAAAAGUCAAUUAUCAAAGAGGAGUAUUAGAUCUUCUCUUUCCAGCUGCCAGAGUUCGAACCUUCAAAUCAGUGUUUGAUACGUUCAGGAGACUCAUGUCACACACUUUCCGAUAGCCGAUAGCCCUAUGAACUGUUGUUGUGUAAC